AUGGCCCAGGAAUCAAAUGAGGGUGUUGAUGAGUACUUAAAAAGUGUUUAUUACAAUCCAAAACGUCCGGGAAGUUACGGGGGCGCGGAGAAUUUAUAUCGCGAUGUGAAAGAGGAGGGAAAGAUUAAAUUAAGUCGAAAACAAAUUUUAGAAUGGUUGAUGAGUCAAGAUGCGUAUACUUUACAUAAAUCAGCUCGCCGAAAUUUCAAGAGGAAUCGUGUUUUUGUGGGAGGCAUAGACGAAGAAUGGCAAAUGGAUUUAGCAGACAUGCAGUCUUUGAAACAAUACAACGAUGGGUAUCGAUACUUGCUUGUCUGUAUAGAUGUAUUUUCAAAAUAUGCAUGGUUAGUUCCAAUCAAGUCAAAAACAGGACCUGCUAUAGUCGAAGCGUUUAAAGUCAUUUUAUCAUCUGGUAGGAAGCCUCAAAAGAUUAUGACGGAUCAAGGAACAGAAUUUUUUAAUAAACCAUUUCAAACUCUAUUGAACGGUGAAAAUAUUCAACUUUUCAAUACAUUCAACGAGACAAAGGCUUCCGUUGUCGAGAGAGUAAUUCGUACCUUCAAAGCAAAGAUGUGGCGCUAUUUUACGGCAAAGAAAACGAUGAGAUACGUUGACAUGUUACCGGACUUAGUUUAUUCCUAUAAUAAUAGUCGGCAUCGUAGUAUAAAGACAAAACCCGCCCUUGUCAAUGCAGAAAAUGAGGAUGAUGUAUUUCAUACAUUGUACGGCAGUGUUUUUGAUAAUCUACAGCCUGUAAAAUAUAAGUUUAAAAUCGGCGACAAGGUUAGAGUAAGUAAAAUUAAACGAAAAUUUGAAAAGGGUUAUUUACCAAACUUUUCAAAAGAAAUAUUCACUGUAAGUAAAACAUUACCUCGAAAUCCACCAGUAUAUAAGCUUAAAGAUUAUGACGACGAAGAGCUCAAGGGAACAUUUUAUGAUAAAGAACUUCAAAAAGUUAUUAAACAUGAUGACGUAUAUGAAGUCGAGAAAAUUCUUAAAAAACGAGGAAAGGGGCAAAAUGUACAGUAUUAUGUAAAAUGGUUAGGUUACCCAAAUAAAUUUAAUUCGUGGAUACCUGCAUCACAAAUGAAUGAACUUUAA